AUGGACACAUCCGGAGAGGCCAGACGCGAGGCGUCGUCAAAUUCUAUCAAAAGAGAAUCAAGACUCUUGCAAUGGCCUCCACAAAGGCUCAAGAAUGGUCUAUCUAAACCAUCAGAAAUUCUGCUUGGUAUUCUUUCUUUACUCAUGGUGAUUGUUAUUAUGGCAUACAUCGGUAUCUUGCUCCUAAAUGAUGGCCGAGACAUAGAGAGUCUCUCGACGAUGUGGAAGUUCGCUAGCGAAUUUUCCCAGCUCGGCCCUACGGCGGUACCCUUGAUGUUUGCCUUCGUCAUUGGCAGGGCUGUCAGGAGCUAUGGGCAUUGGAGACUCCAAAGAGGAGAGCGCAUCGGGACCUUAGACAGCCUCUUCGGGUCGACCACAUUGACCGGCACGAUCACCACUAUAAUCGAUCUGAAGAGGAUCGGGGGCUUAGUAGGCCUACUAGUGGUCAUUUGGUCCUUGUCGCCACUGGGAGGACAAGCGGCGCUUCGAGUCCUGUCCCCACGAACCGAGGAAAUCCCCUCUCGUGCAGUACUGCCCUACCUCAACAACAGCGUUGGCUUUCCUCAAAGAUAUAUGGCGGCAGGGAUGCUAGGUAAACAAAUCCCUGUAAACACGCUAGUUCUCGGAUCACUUGGGGCUACGGACGAAAUCAAAGAUUCAAGGACAGAUACUUGGGGCAACAUCAAAAUCCCCAUGAUUGAGUCCUUCCCUCAACAUCUUUGGCUUAACAAUAACGAUUGGAUUUCCCUUGACCAAUACCAAGAUGAAGUUACGUACUCUGCACUUGUUGGAAUACCUGUUGCGAACGUUUCCCAAAGACACCGGUCGAGCUUCACCUUAGAAACUUCGUAUUUGAAGUUAAACUGCACCGACCUCCGCAAUUUUACAGGUAAUGCUACCGAAGCGGUCAACCCUAUACGGGAGGGAUGCGACAAAAGAGAAGGGAUAUCAGAAAGUAGAUGCAAUUACAAAUUCAAGUGGGGCGAUAUCGCUACCGUGCCUUACCCAUACGGAAGGGAAAACUCCACGCGACGAGAUGAUCGCUGCACCGAUCCUCGAGUCGCUGCCAGAGACUUGCUUUACUGGAACUAUGAUGUUGAUCAACCAAGAGGCGGUUACACAAUGGCAAAGUGUUCCAUGACUACGUCAUUCGUCGAGGUCCAUGUCUCUUGCUUGGGUUGGGACUGCAAGGCCACAGCAGUGCGACAGUCGGCUUCGGCACCGCAGGGCGGACAGGCUACAAACAGAACCUUCUUUGACGGGUGCCCGCAAGAGAACAUUCAUAUAUGGAGAUGGUUCUUUCGUUACUUCGAUACUAUGGCUGACAGCGGUGGCGGCGGGAUUGGCUCGCCCACCAUCGUACAGUCAUACUUAGUCGAUCCUAAGCUAGGGUUGAACUCCUCAGCAGCUUGGAACCUUCCACCGGUGUACGAAGUUGGGAAAGAGCUGUUUUCGGUCCGCCUGGGUCAGAUUCUGAAUACUUACUGGUGGGCCAUGAUAGGCAAUGAGCCGUUGUUCUUAGGCCAUCCCGAGAACUACGACGGCCUGACAAAAUGGGCCACAGGGAGUUCAGAGUUUCCAUCAAACGACGACUAUGUGUUGUCAGAAGCAGAGGCCACUGUAUACGUUCGUGUCCAAGUCCUCCGAUAUAACAAACCCUGGAUGAUUGUUCUCAUCGUGGCAACUUUGGUGUUGCUACUCACAACAGUCUUGGAUUUUGCGCUGAGCCUGAAGAUCUGGGUCCCUAAGCUUCUUAUGAACAUCUCGACUCUGACGAGGGGUAACCCAAACUUUGACGUGCCGGGCGGCGGCGGAGCGCUUUCAGACGAAGCCAGGGCUAGGCUUAUGGCCAACGUCAAAGUUAGGUUCGGAGACGCUGAAGGUGUCGAUAAGUCCCAUGAUCUUAUCAUUGGGAAUUGCGUGGAGCAUGGGGGACGCGUGUCUAAAUUGAAUAAGGGGAAACUUUACACUUGA